AUGUCCAUUAAUACGCUUCCGGGUACAAAGUCGAUCCAUGGAACGGACCCACAGUUUCUUAUUGAAAAAAUAGUUCGAGAACGAAUAUAUGAAAGCCUGUAUUGGAAGCAGGAAUGCUACGAUCUUACUACAGAAUCCUUGGUGGAAAAGGCCGUGCGUCUUUCACACAUUGGAAGUACCUUUGGCGGCAAUCAAAAGCCGACCCCAUUUCUCUGCCUACUACUGAAGUUGUUACAGUUACAGCCAGAUUUUGAAAUAGUCUAUGCAUUGAUAAAAGACCCUACAUUCAAGUAUCUUCGCAUUCUAGCCUCUUUUUAUUUACGGCUUGUUGGUCGUCCUCGCGACAUAUAUGAAAAUCUGGAGCCGCUAUAUUCAGAUUACAGGAAGAUUAGGGUAAAAGCACCCUCUUCCGAUUAUUAUCUUUUGUGCAUUGACCAAGUUAUUGAGACACUGCUUAAUGAGGAUGGAAUCUUUUCGAUUCACCUACCAAGGAUACCCAAACGGCGAGACGUCGAGGCGAAAGACGGCUUGGCACCCAGAACUUCUUGCCUUGCCGACCAAUUGACCUCAUAA